CCACAUACCCCACGCAAUACAUCGCUCAUGGUUUAUACACUUUUCACAGGCUAUCAGGAUGGAGUAUACAAAUAUUCGUUCCAGCAGCGGUUCCACGCUCGACCUCAGUAAGGCGUUCCAUGAUAUGACAGGGAUGCUACUGGGACAGAACCUUCCUCGCCGUCUGCCUAGAAUCUUGUCAAGCCGGCUCCUAGUGGCAACCUGGCUGGUGUUCGCUAUUGUUUUCGCAUCGGCGUACCGUGGCAACCUUACAGCAUCACUCACACUACCAAAGUAUCCUCCUCGACCAGAGACACUCCCUCAACUCGUAGACUCCGUGAAAAGAAUAACAAUGCAGCCAUUUGGACAAGAGUUUAAGAAUUUCUUCUCAAAGUCGGAAUCACCACUGUUCCAGAAGCUCGCCUACUUGAUUAACAUCGUACCGACUUUGAUGGAUGGUCAGCAGCAAGCCAUAGUAAAAAACCAGGCACACCUGGACAACAGGCGCUACCAGCACUACAAUAUUGCCAAACGGUUCACACGUCCAGACGGCAGUGAAAUGUUAUAUAUCGGAAGAGAGAGCAUAAUGCCAGGGCAAUCUGCCUGGCCCCUGCCUCAUGACGCCCCUUAUACAGCUGUGAUUGACCGUCAUCUCAUGGCUGUGAUCGAGGCUGGUCUGUAUGAAAAAUGGGCAUCCGAUCUUCUCUUCGAGGUUCAGCAAGAAAGUCGCAUAAUGCUGCGACAACAACAGCAAAAUGAACAACACCCUGAUGUACAAAUAGAAGAAAAUACGCAGUCUCUUUCCAUCAGUCACAUGCAGGGAGCUUUCAUGCUUCUUUUCCUUUGCCUCAUUUUCACAAGCCUGGUGUUUAUUUGGGAACUCAUCACUACUCGUCUUUGGCAAAAAGGACACUGUUCAGUUUUUCAAUAAUGAAAAUUAUAAUUCGUCCGUGUAUCAAUAAGGAAAGGAAGUGUAGACAUCAGCAGUAAGUCACAA